AUGGACAGCUCAGGAAAAAAAAAAGAUCACAGUUUGGGUGCUCGGGAUAGCGAAAUAGAUCCUAUAGAACGGAACUCGCUCACUGUCAAGGCAAUCGAUCCAACCAACGGCUUGCUUACCAGGGAAAAGAAGCAGCGAUCCAAGCUCGGGGAUGGAGAGGGAAGCCCUGAGGCAGAGUCGGAGGAGAAGAACUCCUUCAAGUGGCGGGACACGCCUAGGCGGCGCGGAACGGCGGAAGGACUCGGGCGGUCGUCGGCGGCCGUCGCGGGUGGGAUGGGGAAGUGCGGAAGAGGUCGAACCGUCAAAGGUGGCUUCGUGUUGGGCCACUUGAGGUAG